UCAAAUAUGCACACACAAACAUUAUUUUCAUAGAUAUGGAGGUUCUCAUCCUCCUCCUUCUAGCUUCCCUCACCCUUGUCACUUCCCAAACAAUCGUCGAAACCUUACCGGGGUAUCCUGGUCCUCUUCCUUUUAAACUAGAAACGGGAUAUAUUGGAGUAGGAGAGGAUGAAGCCGUGCAACUAUUCUACUAUUUUGUGGAGUCGGAAGGGAAUCCAUUAGAGGAUCCACUCAUGGUAUGGCUUUCUGGAGGACCCGGUUGCACCACCCUUCAUGCCUUCUUUUUUGAAAUCGGUCCGAUGAAAAUCAUGUACGGGAAAUACAUAGAUAACGUACCAGCACUACGAUUAGACCCGAAUUCCUGGACAAAGACGGUUAAUGUGUUAUAUGUGGAAGCACCAACUUUAACCGGAUUUUCAUAUACGAAAACUCCUGAAUCCGUCCGCUCUAGUGAUACAGUAUCCGCUUCACAAACAGCUGAAUUCGUUAGAAAGUUUAUUAGGGAUCAUCCAAAGUUUUCAAACAAUCCAUUGUAUGUUACUGGAAUUUCUUAUUCAGGAAUUAUAAUUCCGAUAGUUACUGAGGAGUUAUACAAAGGCAACGACGAAGGAUUACAACCUACUCUAAACAUUCGAGGAUAUGUCGCAGGGAACCCAUUGACUGACAAAAACAGCGAUAUAAACUCUAGGUUCGAGUAUUCUUAUCACAUGGGACUUAUAUCAGAAGAGUUAUACGAGUCUGCAAGAAAGAAUUGCCUUGAAGAAUAUGCACAAGCUGAUUCUAACAAUCUACUAUGUAUGUCAGCUAUUGAUGAAGUAGACAAACGAAUUGAACGCAUCAAUGAUCAAAGGAUUUUGGAUGUUGAUUGCGAUCCACCAGGCAGUUUGGUUAGAGGUGGAAAUCCGAUAUUUAGGGGAAAUUACCAGAAAUCUCACCUUACAAAUCAAAUUAGAAUGUUAAGCGCGCGAUCUUCCUUCAAGGAUACUAAUUGUGAUGUUGACAUUCAUGACUAUGCAGCCGCUUGGGCUAAUAAUAAAGACGUUAUGAAAGCACUUGGUGUACGAGAGGGAACAGUGAAAGAGUUUGUGAAAUGUAAUUUGGAUAUGAAGUACAACUAUGGUGAACUUUCAAUGCCAUUGUAUGAUUUCAAUGUCCAAAGUAGCGUCGUCUACCAUCAAAAUCUAACUAAAAGAAACUGUAGAGCUUUGAUUUUCAGUGGAGAUCAUGACUUGAGAGUUCCACAUUCGGGUACACUCAAAUGGAUAAAGUCUCUUAACUUGACGAUGACUGAUAGUAAUUGGGAUGCUUGGUAUAGUAAUCGUCAAGUUGGGGGAUACAAAACGACAUUUGCCCGUGAUAACUAUACUUUAGUAUUUGCGACCUUAAAGGGGGCAGGGCAUACAGCUUCUGAGGACAAACCUAGAGAAGGUUCUGAUAUGAUCAAAAGAUGGUUUGCACAUAGACCUAUCUAAAUUGACACGUUGUGAAAAACCGUUGCAUUCAAGUUUUCGACCUGCAAGCCUGCUUCUUUUGGCAUUACAACGGUGUGUCUUAGACUCUUAGUGGUGAUAUAUUUGUUGCCCUAAAAUGAAAUGGGUGAUCAUGUUGUAUUGUAUCGUUUCAGAAAAUUCAUGGUUUGGACUGUGUUUUAUUAUGUUUCACUUCAUUAUCACAUUGAAAUGACAAACCAUCCAUCUGAUUACACAUCA